GUUAAACUGUAAAAUAUUAUUUUCUGCUAAUUGAAACAUAAUUGAGUAUCAUUAUAAGAUAAUCAAUGCGAUGAUUCUAUUAAAAGUCUUUAACUUGUAUAGUAAAGCUAUGUACAUUCAAGAUAUAAAAUAAUAACAAUGCGAGGAAAUAAGUAAAUGAUUGAAACAUCUUUUGGAGACAAGAUUAAUCACACAUAUUAAUAGAUUUAAACAAAACAAUUUUGAAAGUAAUGCUAAUGUCAUUUGCAAUGCCUUCCACAUCAAUAAGUAGCUCUAGAGUACCAAGUCCCAUCAGUGACAUGUUUGAUGAAAAUCCAAAUAGAUUAACUACGUACUUGCAUCAACUUGCUGGAUGUUAUGAAACAGAAGUUAACAUACUUGCAAAAGAUCAUUGUUAUGCACGACCAUGGAAUUGGAAACCAGAGAAUGUUUAUGUGAAACCAAUAAAAAAAUUAUUUUUUCCGAAGAAAACUUUAUUAACGGAUAAGCUCAAUCAAGAUGAAGCAAUUAAUAUAGAAGACGAGAGCAGUGAAUCCUUGAUACCACCAAUAGAUUUUACAAGAGCUAGGCAUCAAAUGGAUGAACUUCAAAGGUUAGCAAAUUUUGCUCGACCAGAUGAAAAUGAAGAUUGGGAAGAACAACUUGAUAAAAUUUUAUGGACACCUGUUCAAAAUCGAAUAUUUACUAAAGUUCUUAAAAUAUUUAAUUCAGAAAGACUAGCAAGAUUAGCUAAAACAAAUUGUCCAGUAGAACCAAUAUAUCGACGAACAUCAGUCGAUACAGCUGCAAGAAGAUUUCGUGAAACAUUAGCAUCAGCUGGUUGGGAUUGGAGACUUGCUCAGUGGUUACAUAAUCUAUUGUUUGAUCAUCUUCCUCAAGAAUACCUUGGAAUUUAUCUUGAUAUACUACAAACUUUAAGAUUGAAAAUUCCUCAACUAAUCGAUAAGAUGAUUGCUGUGCAACCUAACAUUAAUGCAAAAACUGGAUCUAUAACAUGGGAAACUCUUGGCUCGCUUCUUAAACGAACAUGGGAUCCAGUUACUCCAAAUUUAAACAGCAACAGACUUAAAAAAUUACCAGGAAAUCCAAUUUUAAUAAUUGUUCCUUCCGGAGUUGGCUCUAAUAUUUCUUCGAGACAACAUAAAUGGAUUUCUCAAUUAGGAGCUUUAGGAAUGGUUGUUACUGUUCAUACUCAUUUAGGCUUGGCAGCUAACAGAAUGACCAUGAUGGUGUGUAUUGAUCAAUUAGUUCAAGCUACUAGAACUAAAAUACAAGAUAUUAGGAGUGAUUGUCCUGGUCGACCAAUAAUUCUUAUUGGUUUUAAUACUGGUGCUGCUCUUGCAUGUCAGGUAGCACAAAUGGAGCAUGUAACUGCAGUUAUUUGCCUUGGUUUUCCUUUUACUACAGUGGAAGGAAAACGUGGAACACCUGAUGAUACAUUAAUGGAUAUUCGAUGUCCAGUUAUGUUUGUUAUAGGACAAAAUGCUACACUUGUAAAACCUGAUGAAGUAGAAGAUCUUAGAGAAAAAAUGUUGGUUGAAACAAGUUUAGUAGUAAUUGGAACUGCUGAUGAUAAUUUGAGGAUAUCUACAGCAAAAAAAAUAUCGGAAGGUAUUACACAAAGUAUGGUAGAUAGAUGCAUUAUGGACGAAAUUGGAGAUUUUGUCGGCACUAUUCUUUUACAACCACAUCCAUUACCAUUAAGACCAAUGUCACUGUCAAAUUAUGAGAAUAAAAACAAUAGAAAGGAGCCACGAAAACGACGAAAUUCAACAAGUAGUUCCGUCGAAAGCGAACCAAACUCACCGACUAUAAAAAAAUCUCGACCAACUACACCUAUUUCUUCAACAGUAUCCACUGGACAAAAUACAUCAUCUACUACGAUUUCCAGAGUAGGAACAUUUAGUACCCAAUCAAAUUUAAUUGCAGUAUGUGGAACGCAUACAAGUCAUACACAAACUGUAAAACGAAAACCUCGGGUUAUUAACAAUCAAAAAACACAUUUUGUAGAACACUUAAUAACGUCUAGACUUUCUGGACAGUCGAAUUCAAAUUCUGAUAAUGGUGGUAUAACAUUAAAUAUUGGUUCGCUAGCAAGUUUAGCACCCAUUGGCCCCAUACGUCUAGCUCCAGCAUCGACAGAUCAAUCUGUACUUAAUACAACAAAAAAUAGUACUAAAUCUUCGAUCACAUCGGCUAAAGUAUCUAAAAUUGUACCAUCAAAUAUCCAAUUACAAAAUAUUUCAAAAAUGAAAGCAAUUGGAUCAUCUAAUAAAGGUUUUUCUAAAGUAAUAUCAAGUAACUACAGGCAUCUUAAUAUUCCUGAUAAAAAUGGAGAUACAAAGUUGGUUAAUGUUUUAACAACAUCCGGAAAUCAAAUUAGGGUUACUACUACAACUACUGCAGCAAUACAUAGCAAACCAACAAUUGUCACAUCCAGUGGAAAUUUGUCAAAUAUUUUACAAAAUGGUAAAAAUUCUUUUACACUUACAACUAGUUCUUCAUCCGCACGUGUGUCAGCACCUUCCAGUAUUUUACUCACACCAAACAAUUCUGUGGCUAUUAAUUCAACAUCAUCCACACCGACGAUAUCAAAAGUGAUGGACGACAUGGCAACAACCAGUAGCUCUUCACAUGUGGUGCUCAGUUCUACUCAGUCAUUGGACACGUUCAAGAUGUCACAAUUACCUCGACAAGUAACAACCUGUAACAACAAUAACUCUCAUAACACAACAUGUGGAAAUGUAAUUAUGGUUGAAAAUUCUGUUAAUACUAAACCUGCUUGUUCAUCGGUGAUAGUUCCAUUAAGUAGUCAUAAUACAGGGUCUAUUUUACCACUGUCCAAUAAAAUAAAAGUUACUCAUAAAUCUACGAAAACAAUGCCAAAAAUUACAGUUAAUGCAUCUAAUUUACAAAGAAUUCACAAACCUCAAGCAGCGCAAAAGAAUACUCUUGUAAAUGAUAUAGAUGAUGAAUUAGGAAAUAUAUUAGAUAUACCAAUAAUAUUUGCAAAAGAUGAUGACAAUUUAAAUUCCAUUGAGAAAAAUCUACCUUUGUCACAAACAACUACGCCUCUUGACAUUUAUGAAAAGAGUACAUCUAAAUUAAGUACUAACACUAAAGUUGUUCUCAUAAGUAAUAAACAAGACAAGUUGCAGCAAACAACUAACAAAUUUGUGACACCUUCAACUCAAGCAAUUAUAUGCCCUAAUGUCGGUGUACAAAAUCUGAACCAUGUAAUAUUACAGACGAAAUCUCAAAACCCUACAAUAUCCAAAGUAAAAACUACACUCCCAAUACAAACUCGAACAAAUCAACCUACUGUUAAGUAUACCAAAAUAAUACUUGCAAAAAGAAAUUCUCAAUUAACUCAUCAAAAUGAAAAGAAUGAACAAGUUGUCGUAACAAAAACAAUUGACAAAAUUAAUACAUCUAAAUUAUUAAACUUUGACAAAAAUGAGAUUAGAUAUACACAAAUCACGUCAAAGCAAUUAUCAAACAAUGAUGAUAACUUUGUAGAUGAAACAUUAGAAAUAGAAGAAGCUAUAAAAAUGAAUAUUAUAGAACGUAAACAUACGCCUGUACAUACACCUGUUGAUCUACCUUCACAAAUGAGUGGUAAUGUAAAGGAAAGUUUUACUGAAACAAAAUUUAGUGGAAACGAGAAAAAUAAUUCUCAAUUUUCUGAUGACGUAAUAAACUUGCAAAUUUAAA